UCGUGUUGCUUCUCGGUGCAUUCACAACACAAACGUACACACGGGACGACCUGCGAACUGUGCUAUACAAACUUGUGAUUGUGCUCACAGAUGAAGUUUGAAGAGUGAAAAUAUAACAAUGACUUCCAAGAGCUUCCGCAUGGAUGAUUUUCUUGCAGGAUGGGUUGGAGGGGCGUCCAGUGUGGUGGUUGGACAUCCUUUGGACACUGUCAAGACGCGAUUGCAGGCGGGAAAAGGCUACAAGAACAUGAUGGACUGCAUUAUCACCAUCUACAGGAAGGAGACGGCGCGGGGCUUCUUCAAAGGCAUGUCCUUCCCCCUGGCCACCAUCACGGCGUACAACUCGCUGGUCUUUGGUUUCUACAGCAACUCGCAGAGAGUCAUCUGCAAGCGUCGCUACGGCGACGAGCGCCACCCCGCCAGCCUGAGCGACGUGGCGGUGGCCAGCAUGCUGACCGGCCUGGUGUCGGUCGGGUUGGGCGCCCCCAUCGACUUGGUCAAGAUCCGCCUGCAAAUGCAGACGCAGGCAGCCGUGCUAGCGGAAAGUUUUCAGCUCGCGGGCGGCGUUUCACACAACAUGGCAGCGGCAGCACCAGUGGGGUCGCGUUCCUUGCAUGUGUCCAAUGGCGGCGGCGGCGGCGGCGGCGGCAACAGCAGCGUUUACCGUGGGCCGCUCCACUGCAUUAGCAGUGUCAUGCAGCGCGAGGGCCUCCAGGGCUUGUACCGCGGGGGUGGAGCCAUGCUCCUCAGAGACAUCCCCGGCUACGCCCUCUACUUUGUGCCCUACGCCAUCUUCUGCAAACUCCUCAAACCAGAUGCUGCCACGGCACCACACCCCUGCGCUAUCUGGCUGGCUGGUGGACUCGCAGGUUCCAUUUCCUGGGUGACAGCCACGCCUGCCGACGUAGUGAAGAGUCGCCUGCAGGCGGACGCUCACUUGCACCGGAAGUAUAACGGCGUCCUUCACUGCAUCCUGCACAGUUACAAGACGGAAGGAGUCCAGGUUAGCACGUGCUUUAACAGCAAGGGUGUUCUUCCGCGGUGUGUCUGUCAACGCCAUCCGAGGCUUCCCUAUGAGCGCCAUCAUGUUCCUGGGAUAUGAGCUCUCACUGCAGUUCUUCCAGAGCUUGUAGAAGCAAAGGUGUUGCCGUGGCGACGCUACUUGUCGCUGUGUUUUUGUGGUCGCGUCAGAGAUGAGAGUUCAAAACUUGCUCAGCUUUGUUAGUUCGACUGCGCACUAAAGCGGAGAGGCUAGGCUAGGCUAGCUUUAGCACAAAUGCUUAAUAAGGUUACAAUUGUCAAAUGGGUUCCACCCUUUUACGUUUGAUGUCUUUGAACGACAAGCGUUGUCACUGCAGAAAAAGAUUUGAGCAUUAGCUAGUCAAUGUAGAAGGGUCUGAAGAGCAAUGUAAGCUAAUGUAAAUAGUUUUUGUUUCUUAUAUUAAGAAAAACUUAUUUUCAUAUUCACAUAUGUUUCCAGCACAACUGUACAGUCUCAAUGUAUCAAACAAUAUACUAUGUAUAUAAAACAAAGCAGCUUCAUUGAACUAGGUGCAUUCCCACAUAAAUCACAAGCACGCAUAUUUGUUUUGUAUGAUAAAUAUUUUUGUAGUCGUCAUGCUGGGUUAACGUGCAAACUGCCAUUCCAGUAUAUCUUUGUACUGAAAUAAAAUCUAUCUUUUAGAAGAUG